AUGUUUUUUUGCAGUGAUCAGGAAGCAAACACAUAACUACAUGUGUUGCAAUCAAAGACUUGGUAGUUCCUACAAAUCACGCAGAGAAGGAAGAUAAGACAUCACGACUUUAUUAGGGGGCAUUGAAUUAAAGGUAACGUCUGUUAUUUCUGCUUUUGCUGUUGUUUAAAUUCAGAGCAGAGACGAGCAGCAGAGUGAGUGGAUGUGAAGAUGAUUCUGCCUUUGUCCAGUCUGAUGUCACUAAUCUGUCUCGUCGAUGGAAACGCUAAAGAAGUUCUGCCUAAAGCCACUCUGACGACUAAGACGACAAUCAUCCCACUAAAAGGCAACGCAACUCUGACCUGCUCUGUGCAGGGAUAUAAAAACCUCGAAUACAUGUGGUUCCAUCGUUCAUCAGCCACUUCUGACUAUCAGCCUUUACUUGGUUAUGAAGCAGCCACGGCCACGGUCUCUUCUGGAGGAGAUUACACCUGCCAAGGGCGGAGCACGAAUUCAUCCAGUCCUCAAAGUGAUCCAGUCACUAUGGUCAAGACAGUCAGUAGUGGCAUCACUGUGAGGCGGCAGCCCAAAUGGACCCCCUUAUUCAGUGGUGAGAGGGUCGCCCUCUCAUGUCACAUUCUACGAGGUGAAGCUGCUCAGUGGACGUAUCAAUGGAAAACACCCGGCUUUAAGAAACGUACAGGAUAUGCAUUCACUAUCGCCAGUGUCACCACAUCACACAGUGGAGACUACAGGUGCCGGGCGAGAAGGGGCUACAUACAAACAACCUGGAGCAGAGCCUUCAAAGUGGACGUGUCAUCAAACAAACCCAGAGCCUCACUGCGAGCAGACAGCACAGAAGGAGCCAAUGUGACUCUGACCUGCUCUGUGAGCGAGUCUGAGGGAUGGGACCGCUUCCUGUUCAUGUAUUCUCCGAGCCCUUCUGAAUUUUAUCCACUGGAAACCAACAAAAGCAGCACCCUCAGCGUUUCAAAGGGCGGCGUCUAUGUCUGCAGAGGAGAACGAGGAUCUCAGGGUUACCAGUCAGACAGCAGUCCUGCAGUGACAGUGAGGAAAACUGUGUUGGGAAGAAAUGAAAGCUCCUUGCCUGUGGUGUUGGUCGUUGGACUGGUCUGCUUAUUCACUAUUAUCCUCCUGCUUCCAUUGUGUUGGGUCAAACACUUUAAGGAAUCGUGCUGCAGCAGGUCAGUUCACUCUUCUCCCAGUGUAGAUGAAACCCCCACCAUACAGUCGACGGGCAACCAGAGUGAAGCGCCGGCCUAUGCCUCUCUUUCUUAUGGUGAUACAUGUGUGUACGAUUCACUCAGAGGACCUGGAUACACUGGAAGUGACAGACCAACAAAUGAAUACGGCAAUAUCACAACUCUGCAGGGGCUAUGGGAUGAUAAUACAAAAGGGAGCUCUGACUACAUAAAUGUAAAUCCAUAUGAAGCCACAGGUGUGAAGAGAUGUCCAUCAAUAGGAAACGAGUGAAAAAAAACCUCUGCUGUCUUUCAGUCAGUGUUUUUACAGGCUGGUAGAUUCAUAUGAAAGAUAACUAGAACACACAGGAAAACGGUGAUGUCAAAACAUGUGAGAGGAGAAAAAUGGAGAUUAUAAAUCAUAACAUUUAAUUAUGUAGGAGGGAAGUAAAAGUCACAAUCGUUAACGUGACACUGUAGGUUGGAGCUUUGUGAUUCAGAUUAAUGAUUGUUAGGCAGAUUAGAUUGUAGAGGACUUUUAAUUUGACAUUAAACCAAUUGACGAUUACACUUUUAUUGUCAUCCAUGUUGUAAAUGUAAACGCAUUAGUGUAAAUUAUUUUGUACUUUUAUUUUUUUAUUUGUUAAGUGUUAUAAAAACAAAUUAAAUUAAAAAAUUCAAACAUGGUCUG